AUGGAGAAGAACAAGCACAUGGUUCUGCACUUCUGCACACUGACUAGGGAUGCUGCUUUGGUCUUGGGUGAUCAGAGAACAGAACAAAAGAAGACACCUCGUACAUGCAUUGGCAACGUUGCCAGCCUCACACUCUUGUUGAGCAUGGUUUCUGCAAUGUAUAUUCCUAGUGAAUCCAUUGCUGGUCAGAGUAUAUUUAAUGUUCUCAAUUAUGAAGCAGCAUUUGCAAAGACUUGGGAAAGCACAUGUAAUGCAGACACAGAGAGUGUUACUAUGGUUAUACCUCAGGGAAAGACAUUUCUGGUUCAUCUCAUAACUUGGGCUGGUCCUUGCAAGCCCAAGAAUGUGAACAUUCUGCUAUCGGGCACAAUUUUAGGUCCUGAAAGUCCUGAUGCAUGGAAGGGAAAAAACCCAGGCUGGUUACUAAUCUUUCAGGGUGUGAAGGGGCUUAACAUAAGUGGUUCUGGUACGAUAGAGGGACGUGGUAAGGGAUGGUGGGAUAUCUCAUGCGCGUUACAUCCUCAGUUAGAGGCACCUAAAGCAUUGUGGAGUCCAAGUUUAUUGGCUUCCUUUCUUGCAUCAUUGCAUCUAUCUAGAUGCAAAAUUGCUAAUCAGUUUUCACAUCUUAAACAGGGGUGCAUCAAGCUUGCACCAAUGGUGCUCAGUUUCAUAAAUUGUACCAAGGUUUAUAUGAACAACAUCUCUUUUGUAAAUAGCCCUCAAACUCAUGUCGGGGUAUCAGGAUGCUAUGGUGUCAAUUUUAAAUUCCUGAGCAUAAAUUCUCCUGCAUCAAGCCCUAACACAGAUGGGAUUCAUAUUAGCAGAUCUCGUAGAGUGUCUAUUGAUAGCACAAACAUUGGCUCGGGUGAUGAUUGUAUAUCAAUUGGAGACCAAACUUCAAAUAUUUACAUCACUGACGUUAGUUGUGGACCUGGCCAUGGUGUGAGUAUUGGAAGUUUAGGGAGGAGUGGAAAUGAGGUCCAAGUAGAGAACAUUACCAUGACUCGUGUCCAUUUCUACAAUACAACCAAUAGAGCAAGGAUCAAGACAUGGCAGAAAACAGGAGUUCAUGUAAGCGAUGUUCGCUACUCUGGGACGUUUGGAACCUCAAAGACCAAACUUGCGAUCAACCUCAACUGCAGCGACGCUGUUCCCUGCACCAAGAUUUUGUUUGACACAAUUCAAUUGGCAUCAUCAACUCCAGGAUACAAAGUCAACUCAAGCUGCAACAAUGCCUAUGGACAUGCUAAAGGAAUUAAGGCAAAGCAUAUUAUUCCGGCAAAGAGUCUUCUUAUUCCCCUAUUUCCAUAUGCAUCAAGAAUUCACUUUAAGAUGUACAGCAAACCCUCUAGGGGGCAAUGA